GCUCUCUUGCAGAACUGGAAUUGGCUGGGAUUAUUUAGCAAAAAGAAGAAGAAGGAGAAGAAGGAGAAGGGAUCAGAGCAGCCGCCAGGGAGAGGGCGAUAGAGUCCACUUUCUUCCAACUGCCCUAGGUCUCCUUCCCUCACUCUCUCCUCUUUAGCAACACCAAGAGCCCCACACUGAACCCAGAGCAGCUUUUUCCAUCAUUUCGGUUCCCUUCCCUCCUUCUGUCUCACACACAGCAAGAGGAGAGCCCCUUCCUUCUCUUGCCUUCCCUUUGCAUGCUCAGCCUCUUGUUUCCUUUAAAGCACGAGAAAUCCCCCUUCUUGCCCCCGCUCCUGCAGGCAGGCGGGGAUUGCAAUGGGAGCGUUGCAGAUUGCUGGAUUGUGCAUGCUUGCCCUUCUGCUCCACUCUGGAAUCACGCUGGCAAAUAAAGCCAGUCAAGAUGUGGACGAGUGCGUGGAGGGCACUGACAGCUGUCACAUUGAUGCCAUCUGCCAGAACACACCCAAGUCCUACAAGUGUAUCUGCAAGUCUGGCUACACCGGUGAUGGGAAGCACUGUAAAGAUGUGGAUGAAUGUGAACGGGAGGACAACGCAGGCUGCGUCCACGAGUGUGUCAACAUCCCUGGGAACUACCGCUGCACCUGCUACGAUGGCUUCCGCCUGGCACACGAUGGCCACAACUGCCUGGACCUGGAUGAGUGCUCAGAGGGCAACGGCGGCUGCCAGCAGACCUGCGUCAACAUGAUGGGCAGCUAUGAGUGCUUCUGCCGGGAGGGCUUCUUCCUCAGUGACAACCAGCACACGUGCAUCCAGCGCCCUGAAGAAGGAAUGAACUGCAUGAACAAGAACCACGGCUGCGCCCACAUCUGCCGAGAGACCCCCAAGGGGGGCAUCGCCUGCGAGUGCCGCCCGGGCUUCGAGCUCACCAAGAACCAACGUGACUGCAAACUGACGUGCAACUACGGGAACGGCGGCUGCCAGCACACCUGUGAUGACACGGACCAGGGUCCCAAGUGUGGCUGCCACGUCAAGUUCUUGCUGCACUCUGACGGCGUCACCUGCAUAGGGGAGAGACACUUCCAGCAACACGUUAUCCUUGAGACGUUUUCUAAUGAGACCUGUGCUGUGAACAAUGGGGGCUGUGACAGCAAGUGUCACGAUGCGGCCACCGGCGUGCACUGCAGCUGCCCCAUGGGCUUCAUGCUGCAGCCCGACAGGAAGACCUGCAAAGACAUCGACGAGUGCCGGCUCAACAACGGCGGCUGCGACCACAUCUGCAGGAACACGGUGGGCAGCUUCGAGUGCAGCUGCAAGAAGGGCUACAAGCUGCUCAUCAACGAGAGGAACUGCCAAGAUAUCGACGAGUGCUCCUUCGACCGGACCUGCGACCACCUCUGCAUCAACACCCCUGGGAGUUUCCAGUGCCUCUGCAACAAGGGCUACACGCUAUAUGGGCUCACCCACUGUGGAGAUGUUGAUGAAUGCAGCAUCAACCGUGGGGGCUGCAAAUUUGGCUGCAUCAACACGCCUGGCAGCUACCAGUGUACCUGUCCUGCGGGCUGCAAGCUGCACUGGAACAAAAAAGAUUGCAUAGGUUCAGUUCCACCACGGGCCACUCUCACCUGCAACAAGACGGGCAAGAAGGACAGCUGUGCCCUCACCUGCUCCUCCAAGGCUCGUUUCCAGCCAGAGUCCGACAGCAGCUACACGGUGAGCUGCGGGACGCCGGUGCUGCGUCAGGGCAGCCAGCACAGAGCAGCCAACAGCAGCCAGCAGUGCCUCGAGACUGUCGCUGCCCCAAUCAAGCAGAAGGCUUCCUUCAAGAUCAAGGAUGCCAAGUGCCACCUGCACCCACGGGCAAAGAGCAAGCAGGACGAGGCGGGAAAGGCUGGAGCACAGGGCGGUGCUGCACCCUGCUCCGACUGCCAGGUGGCCUUUGUCAACCUCAAGUGUGACUCAUCCAAGAAGGGGAAGGGCCGCCGGGCUCGAAACUCCUCCGGCAAGGAGGUGACGCGCAUCACACUGGAGUUCGAGGCGGAGAUCAAACCGGAGGAGACCACAGCCAGCUGCAACCUGCACUGCUUGCGACAGAAAGUGGAGAAAAAGCUCAAAUCGGCCAUCAAAGCCCUGAAGAAAUCCAUCAACCAGGAGCGGUUCCUGCUGCGCUUUGCUGGGAUGGAGUACGAGGUGGCAAGGAAGCUGAGCGUGGCCCCAGAACGGCAGGAGAGCUGCGGGCCGGGCCAGCAGCGCCUGGGCACCAAGUGUGUUAGCUGCUCGCAGGGAACCUAUUACCACGGGCAGACGGAGCAGUGCGUCCCCUGCCCCUCUGGCACCUACCAGGAGAAGGAAGGGCAGCUCUCCUGUGACCUGUGUCCCCGCAGCGAUGCGUUCGGCCCCGUGGGAGCCACCAACAUCACCGGCUGCACAGGUCAGUGCCCCCCUGGGCAGCAUUCCGCCGACGGCUUCAAGCCCUGCCAGCCGUGCCCACGUGGCUCCUACCAGCCUGAGGUGGGGCGGGCGCUCUGCUUCCCCUGCGGCGGGGGGCUGACAACCCGGCACGAGGGAGCCCUCUCCUUCCAGGACUGUGACACCAAAGUCCAGUGCUCACCCGGGCACUACUACAACACCAGCGUCCACCGCUGCAUCCGCUGCGCCGUGGGCACCUACCAGCCUGACUUCAGGCAGAACUACUGCAUUGCCUGUCCUGGAAACACCACCACCGACUUCGACGGCUCCACCUCUGUGUCCCAGUGCAAAAAUCGGCAGUGCGGAGGCGAGCUGGGCGAGUACACGGGUUACAUUGAGUCCCCCAACUACCCGGGGAAUUACCCUGCCAACGUCGAGUGCACAUGGAACAUCAACCCACCGCCCAAGAGAAAGAUCCUCAUCGUGGUGCCGGAGAUCUUCCUGCCCUCUGAGGAUGAGUGCGGGGACGUCUUGGUGAUGCGGAAAAACUCCUCCCCAUCUUCCAUCACCACCUAUGAGACGUGCCAGACCUACGAGAGACCCAUCGCCUUCACCGCCCGCUCUCGCAAACUCUGGAUCAACUUCAAAACCAGCGAGGCCAACAGCGCCCGAGGCUUCCAGAUCCCCUAUGUCACCUAUGAUGAGGACUAUGAGCAGCUGGUGGAGGACAUCGUGCGGGACGGCAGGCUGUACGCCUCCGAAAACCACCAGGAGAUCCUCAAGGACAAGAAGCUGAUCAAAGCGUUCUUCGACGUGCUGGCACACCCCCAGAACUACUUCAAGUACACGGAGAAGCACAAGGAGAUGCUGCCCCGCUCCUUCAUCAAGCUGCUCCGCUCCAAAGUCUCCAGCUUCCUGCGGCCCUACAAAUAGCGCCCUGACACACCGGGCCGCCCGGCCACCAAGGAAACCUUCUCCUCCCUCUCUUCUUAUUUCAAUUUUCCUCCUUCCUCCUGCCUGGCUCCGGCAGGACCGCCGCCUCCCGUCCCACACAAAGCUCCGGUCUCACCUUGAUCUCACCCAGCAAUGCCAUUCCUCUCUUCUGCAGCAGCUUCUUCACCCCGUCCGUUUCCUUCCCACCUCUGUGCCGGCUCUGUCCCGCCCCUUGAUGCCAUCCAGGCACCAGCAGCCCCCCCAGGGCACAUCUCCUGCCCCAUCCCAGGGCAGCACCAGAGGUGGCGCCGCGUUCUGCGCAGCGCACGGAGCUCAGCUAUCAGCACAGCUUUGCAGAGGAGCCUGGAGGGCUGGAGGGGGGGGGAAGAAAACGAAACCAACCGCAGUGAACCACAGUAAGGACAAAAGAAAGGACAGAAUGGGACAGCACGGUGGCACUGGUGGCCGUCCUGCUGGAGAGCCGUGCUGGCACCUGGCAUUGGAGGAAGGCAUGGAGAACAACGUGUGGCUGCAUGGGAGAGAUGGAGCGACCAAGGAGGACUUCAGCCGGGCGCGUUCUUCCCUCCCCCCCCGCGGACAUUUGUGCCAAGGAACCAGACUUCCUUCCAAGCUCUGCCAAAGAGUAACUCGUCGACAGAAAGCAAGCUUUGUGAAGAGCAGGAGUCAACGUUUGUGCACUAGGAUAUCCUCCUUUCUACCUUUUUCAUAUGUAUUAAGUGCAAUCAUUUGAGUCUUCUUUAUAUUAUUUAGAGGGAAGUUGUUUGUGUUUUUUUGUUUUUUUUUCUACUAGAAACUACAAUAUUUAUACCUGCCUGAGAAAUGAGAAUGUGUGUCUGUCACAAAAAAGAACAAAACAACUGACCAACAAACCAAGCCCAGCCCUGGGCUGCUGGUGACAAAUGCAAUGGUGUUUUCUGGCCUUGGAACCUUUUCUGCUGCAUGUUUUCCCUGUAGCAACCUGCUUUGGUGGAAGGCUGCACAUCUCCUCUGCAGGAAAGUGAGGCUUGGCCAUGAUGGGGUGAGUUUUACUGGGUAUUAAGGCACUUCUGUCCACUCACAGUGGAUCCAUCCCCUUCACUGGGGCUGUCUGUAAUGCUGGGCAGGGUCGGUGCUGUAGGGUUUCGGGCUGGUUGAGCUCCUUGGCUUGUGCUGCUCCGUCCCGCUGCGCCCACUCCUCCCAUCCUGGGAGAGAAAUUGCUCCAUGGAUCCCCUUGAUGGCCCAGGCAGAGCCCUGGGUUGGUCCGUGCCCCCCUCAAUCUGUGCUGCUCGCUCACCCCAACAACUGGGCUCUGCUGGGGCGGCGGGCCGGGUUCCGAUGUGCAGGGAUGCGUCCCCGAGAUGUGGGGGGUUGGAAAAGGCUGCACUGAUUCAUCACAGCUGUGGGCUUCUCCCUCCUGCCGCCCGGCUCGCAGCCUGGCUGGAAGCAGCUGUGGGGGCUGAGCUGUUUGUCGCUCGGUUUGGUGUCUGAGAGCAGCUGCUUUGAUGCACAAAAGCCGUCGUAGGGAUUCGGAGGGUUGGUUUUUUGUUGUGUUUUUGAAUCGCUCUGGGGCAGCCACAGCAGAGCAAUGACCACCAAAAGGGUUUUUCGGAUUUACAAGAAAAAAAAGAAAAAG